AUUUUCGAAUUUCCAUAAGUAUUCCAUGAGUAUUCCUACCUCGAACGAUAUAUUAUAAUUGCGUUAUAAGCAUAAGUAUUUCAAACGAUGAUUUCAUGAAUGCCGAGGAAACCGGCGGAGAUGAACAAAUUUGUGAAAAUGCUAUCUCCGCUGUGGUUCGGUGCAAGUUAAAUUCAACUUCCUACACCAUUACAUUACGCAGAUGGAUUUCUAAGACUUAAACGUGAUCAACGUUGGAUUUAUAGAACAAGGAAAAAGUUUUUGAUAAUCUGAACGAAAUGGCGAAUACAGGAGUACUGCCAUUCGUACGAGGAGUUGAUUUUAGCAGCAACGACUUCGGCGAUGGCAAAUUUCCGGAAUCUGUACGUUUAAUGACUGGUAUUCAAUGGCUGAAAUUGAAUCAAACCAACCUGACGGAGAUCCCGGAAGAAAUGGGCAAACUAUUGAAGCUGGUAAAGCUUUCUGCGAAUCUUUAUCCUUGGUCAAGAAUAAGCUAGAACGGCUGUAUGGAGAAUUGACGGAGCUCAGCUGUCUUAGAACUCUGAAUAUAAGGAAGAAUAAUAUCAAAUCCAGUGGUAUUCCGGCAGAAUUGUUUCACUUGGAAGAAUUGACAACCUUGGAUCUAAGUCACAAUAACUUGAAGGAAGUACCUGAAGGACUGGAGAGGGCCAGAUCUUUGUUAAAUCUAAAUUUGAGCCACAACCACAUCGAUGCUAUUCCCAACACGCUAUUUAUUCAUCUGACUGAUUUGCUGUUCCUGGAUCUUAGUAAUAAUAAAUUAGAAACACUGCCACCGCAAACUCGCCGUCUAGCAAAUUUACAGACACUGAAUUUAAAUCAUAAUCCACUGGGCCACUUUCAAUUAAGGCAACUACCGUCCCUGAUGAAUUUAACUACUCUUCAAAUGCGCGACACGCAACGAACAUUGAACAAUAUCCCUUCGAGUUUAGAAACACUGACGAAUUUGCAGGAACUCGAUUUGUCGCAAAACAAUUUACCUCGAGUUCCGGACGCACUUUACUCUCUAUUGAACUUGCGUCGUUUAAAUUUGAGUGACAAUCAAAUAACGGAACUAUCAACGGCGAUCGAGUUAUGGAUCAAAUUGGAAACUUUAAAUUUAAGCCGUAAUAAACUGUCCGCGAUCCCUGCCUCCUUAUGUAAAAUCGUCACUCUCAGGCGAUUAUACUUAAACGAUAAUCUACUAGAUUUCGAAGGUAUUCCAUCAGGAAUCGGGAAAUUGUCAUCGUUGCAAGUAUUCUCGGCAGCGAACAAUCUUUUGGAAAUGAUACCUGAGGGUUUGUGCAGAUGCGGAUCGUUAAAGAAAUUAAUAUUGUCCUCGAAUCGAUUGAUCACGGUUCCGGACGCUAUUCACCUCCUUACUGAUUUGGAUCAGUUGGAUUUAAGGGAUAAUCCAAACUUAGUGAUGCCACCAAAACCGACGGAGGUACAAAAGGGUUCCGGUAUAGAGUUUUACAAUAUCGAUUUCUCCCUGCAACAUCAGUUGAGACUCGCUGGUGCCAAUGUACCUACACCGACGCAGAAUGCUGGUAGCAAGGAUCCGAUAGCUCGGAAAAUGAGACUCAGAAGGAGGCGAGAUCAAGAGGAAGCUGAUCAGGACCAGGCAAAAAUAUUAAAAGGGAUGAAAGAUAUAGCCAAAGAUAAGAACAAGGAUAAAGAAUGCGAGGAAUCUAAAGCGGAGUCGUUGAAGCCGAAACGAUGGGAUGAAACCCUAGAAAAACCACCAUUGGAUUACUCGGAAUUCUUCGAUGAAGAUGCCGGCCAGGUUCCUGGAUUGUCGGUAUGGGAAAUCGAGAAUUUCCUACCGAACGAGAUAGAAGAAGUGGCGCACGGGAAAUUUUACGAAGGCGACUGUUACAUCAUUUUAAAAACCGAAGUCGAUGAAUCCGGAUCGUUGCUCUGGGCGAUUUACUUUUGGAUCGGAGAGAAAGCUACAUUGGACAAAAGAGCUUGCGCCGCGAUUCACGCUGUGAAUCUGCGUAACUACUUGGGCGCACAGUGUCGCACGAUCCGGGAAGAACAAGGCGAGGAAUCGGAUGAAUUUUUAAUGUUGUUCGAGUCUGGCAUUACGUAUAUCGAAGGAGGUCGCACGGCCUCUGGCUUUUACACGGUCGAAGACACGCCGGUGGUAACGCGAUUGUAUAGAGUGCACGCCGCCGGUGCGUCGAUUCAUUUGGAACCAGUUCCCGUCUGUUUCGAAUCCCUCGAUGCGGGAUUCGUAUUCGUCCUCGAUACAAACAGUAAAAUAUUCAUAUGGUACGGGAAGAAAGCGAAGAGCACGUUGAAAUCGAAAGCGAGAUUAAUGGCUGAGAAGAUCAACAAGAACGAGAGGAAGAAUAAAGCAGAGAUCCUGACAGAAAUUAUGGGCACGGAGUCCGACGAUUUUCUAUCGUAUUUAAACGUCACUGAUAUCUCAGAUCGUCCAACAAUCGUCGAGCACGUGGAUCCAGACUUUGCACCACCCGCGGCUCGUUUAUAUCAAGUGCAACUCGGCAUGGGUUAUUUGGAAUUACCGCAGAUCGAAGUGCCGCAUGGAAAAUUGUCUAAUACACUUUUAAACAAUCGCAACGUUUAUAUAUUGGACUGCCACGUAGACGUUUACGUCUGGUUUGGGAAGAAAUCUACGAGACUGGUACGUGCAGCGGCUGUUAAGCUUUCCCAAGAAUUGUUUAACAUGAUAGAUCGGCCGGAGUACGCGUUGGUAACUAGAUUGCAAGAAGGGACCGAGUCGCAGAUUUUCAAAUCGAAGUUCGCCGGAUGGGACGAAGUUAUAGCGGUCGAUUUUACUCGAACUGCAGAGUCUGUUGCUAAAACUGGCGCGGACCUUACGAAAUGGGCGAAACAACAAGAGACUAAGGCGGAUCUAGCUGCGUUGUUCAUGCCUAGACAACCGCCUAUGUCGUUCACAGAGGCUCAGCAACUGAUGUCGGAAUGGAACGAUGAUUUGGAAGGGAUGGAAGCGUUGGUCUUGGAAGGGAAGAAGUUUGUGCGUUUACCGGAGGAAGAACUGGGACAUUUCUAUAGCGGUGAUUGUUAUGUGUUUUUGUGCCGUUACUGGAUGCCAUUGGAUACUGCAGAAAACGAGGACGGCGACGAGCAAUUCGAAGAGGAUUACCAAUGCACAGUAUACUUCUGGCAAGGCAGAGAUGCAGGGAACAUGGGAUGGUUGACGUUUACAUUUAGCUUGCAGAAGAAAUUUAAAUCGCUGUUCGGCGAGAACUUGGAAGUAGUCAGAACUCAUCAGCAACAAGAAAACUUAAAGUUCUUAUCGUAUUUUAAAAGAAAGUUCAUUAUCCAUCAUGGUAAGCGUAAAGAACCUAAGACUAGUGGUAGUAACAAGGUCGAGUUUUAUCAUUUAAGGAGUAAUGGAAGCGCGUUAUGUACCAGACUGAUACAAAUACCGGCAGAUUCAACAUUACUGAACUCCGCAUUUUGUUAUAUUUUAAACGUGCCAUUCAAUAACGACGAUGAGACUGGAAUAGUGUACGCAUGGAUCGGCUCGAAAGCUGACAACGACGAAGUGCGUUUAAUCCAAGAGAUCGCUGAGGAAAUGUUUAACAACCCAUGGAUAAGUCUCCAAGUUUUGAACGAAGGUGAGGAACCGGACAAUUUCUUCUGGGUAGCUCUCGGUGGAAAGAAACCGUACGAUACCGAUGCGGAAUACAUGAAUUACACCAGAUUGUUCCGAUGUUCGAACGAGAAAGGGUAUUUCACUAUCAGUGAGAAGUGCACCGACUUUUGUCAGGAUGAUUUGGCGGACGAUGAUAUUAUGAUCUUGGAUAACGGCGAACAAGUAUUUUUAUGGCUGGGAAGCCGUUGCUCGGAAGUAGAAAUCAAAUUGGCAUUUAAGUCUGCUCAGGUAUAUAUUCAACACUUGCGUGUGAAACAACCAGACAAACCGCGUAAGCUGUUUUUAACUGCGAAGGGAAAAGAAUCGCGAAGAUUCACCAAAUGUUUUCAUGGCUGGAGUUCGCAUAAGAGACCACCGCAAUAAAAUAAACGAUUUGAUUCGAUCAGUUUUAUUUUUACUGUUUCGAUACCGUUCGUUUGCUGCACAUGCACAAACGCGAUGUUUCUUCUUCUGUUACAUUUAUUUUUUAAUUUAUUAAAGCAUUAUUUUACAAGGUAUAGAUAUAUGUGCGUCUGUCUGUAUAUUAGGCUCUGUGUUAUAUACAAUUCCUAUGCGCGAUUUCAACAGAUAUGUUUACAUGUAUACAUAUAUAUGUACAUAGAUGCGUAAAUUAUUUUCAGAAAAAAUGUUUGUCGAACGUUACGAAAAUUGAUUUUCACUUUCGUGUAAAUAAAACUGAAGAAAAACGAGAAUUCCCAUGAUUAACUUAAUGUAUCAAAGUGGAAAAUGUAUGUAUAUAUAUAUAAAUAAGAAAGGAAUGAUUUUA